AUGACGAAUAAGGUCCAACCCGUUGUUAUAGAGGUGGGCGAAAACUCUGAAGCGAGCGAACAGCGUGAAAAAUGGACCUCGAAAGCUGACUUUAUAGCGUCAUGUAUUGGCUAUGCGGUUGGCCUGGGGAAUAUAUGGAGAUUCCCGUAUCUUUGUUACAAGAACGGCGGAGGUAAUUUGUUUAAGGGUACAUAUCUAUCAAAACUGCGUCUUUUUAAUUAGAGGUGUAGUUUAGGUUUACAAGUGCACACUUUUUAGAAUCGUCUUGCAACAGUCAGUCCAUGAAAACAUCUGGUGUCUGAUUUUGCACUCUGCAACGCUUUCUUCAAUUCGAGAGAAUCUAAAAAAAGUGAAUUGAGUAAGACUGGCAAACAGAAAAGAGGCGAUAACAAUACAGAAACGAAAAGUGCCAUAUGUUGCCUAAGCUUUUGCCCGGAAACAUGUGACGUUUUCCGUAUCUUUGUUACAAGAACGGCGGAGGUAAUUUGUUUAAGGGUACAUAUCCAUCAUAACUGCGUCUUUUUAUUCAGGGAUGUAGUUUAAGUUUACAAGUGCACACUUUUUAGAACCGUAUUGCAAUAGUCAGUCCGUGAAAACAUCUCGUGUCUGAUUUUGCACUCUGCAAUACUUUCCUCAAUUCAAGAGAAUCUAAACAAUGUUAGUUGGGUAGGACUGGCAAACAGAAAAGAGGCGAUAAUGAUACAGAAACGAAAAGCGCCAUAUGUUGCCUAAGCUUUUGCCUGGAAACGUGUGACGUUUUCCGUAUCUUUGUUACAAGAAAGGCGGAGGUAAUUUGUUUAAGGGUAGAUAUCCCAUCAUAACUGCGUCUUUUUAUUCAGGGGUGUAGUUUAGGUUUACAAAUGCACACUUUUUAGAACCGUCUUGCAAUAGGCAGUCCGUGAAAACAUCUCGUGUCUGAUUUUGCACCUUGCGACAAUUUCUUCAAUUCAAGAGAAUCUAAACAAUGUUAGUUGGAUAAGACUGGCAAACAGAAAAGAGGUGAUAAUAAUACAGAAAUGAAAAGCGCCAUAUGUUGCCUAAGCUUUUGCCCGGAAACAUGUGACGUUUUCCAUAUCUUUGUUACAAGAACGCGGAGGUAACUUGAUCGCGUGUAGAUAUAAAUUAUAGGCUUAGCUUCGUCUUUUUAUUCAGUAGUGUAGCUAAAGUUUACAAGUACAUACUUUCUAGAAUCAUAAUUUGGUAUAAGAAAAAUCCUUGUAAUUCAAAGAGGUUGCAUUGCCGCAUAUAGUGUCAUCUGUAACACAUCGUUAAACUAUCUUCAAUUGGAGGGAGUCUACAAAAUGUCAGUUGAAAAAACAGACAGAAAUCAAGAUAAAUCGGAAAUAAACAAGGAUACCUGAGGAUGGAGAAGAUUGACAAGGAUUGUAAAUACCUGAAGAAUAACAUUAACCUUGUUUUCCGCGCUAGCAAUGUAGCUCCUUCAAUCUUUCGCGCGUACUUUGCCUUCCAUCGUAAAGCAUACACAAGGAUUUCAGCUCGUUCUCCUCUUCCUAGGUUUGCAUUUCUAAUUUCUUUUAUUUUUCAUCGACAGCUACAUUCUUAAUUCCAUAUUUUCUGACAUUGAUAACCUGUGGAAUUCCUUUGUUUUACCUGGAACUGGCCCUCGGACAGUAUGUGAGCCUCGGUACCAUCAAAGCUUGGGCAGUGGUUUGCCCUGCGCUUAAAGGUUAGUGUUGUAUAAGAUAUCCUAAAUAAUUUCUGGCACAAGGGUUACUUGGAGAUAUCACAAUUGAAUAUUGAAAAAAAGCUGAGUAACUCCAAUAAGAGAUGUAAUGACAACUACUACGCUCUACAAGACAAAUUUUCCACUUUUGAAUACUCUAAAUUGAAUAAGGCGUUUUCACAAUCGAUGAAGUAGCGUGCUGCUCUUUUACUGAUGUAAGGCGCGCUUUACACCGUUAACACGUUGCGGCAACUCAAAUGUUCCGUUAUCUUUCAUUUGCAGGGAUUGGAGUUGCCAUGGUGAUUAUUUCCUUCCUGAUCUCUAUUUAUUACAACGUUGUUAUAUCCUGGAGUCUUCUGUAUCUAUACCACUCCUUUGCUUCUGUUGUCCCGUGGAAAUCUUGUGGCAAUUCGUGGAACACUGCAAAUUGCAGGUAAAUAACGACAUUAAAAAGUUAUAUUUUUGUUGUAAAAAAACGAUUUUACUCAACAUAUCAAUCAGCAAACAAUUUUUAAGUUCAUUUUUUUUUUUCGCGAAGAAAAUGACGCCAAUCUCUACUUAGUAAGAUUUCGACCCUCAAAAACAUUUAUAACAACAAUGACCCCAGUUGUAAUAACUUUGUAAUAUUCUUUUCUUUAGUGAGGACUUCAGAAAUUCUUCUGCUAACUGCACGACUCUCAAUUGCUCAAUGACCGCAAUCUCCCCCAGCCAGGAGUUCUGGGAGUAAGUUUUAGUUUUUAGAGAUUCGCUGAUCUUACAAAUUUAAACAACCUCGGUUAUUUGCAGCGCAGUGCAUUACUGAUAGGUUGCCUUGGCAGUCUUUAAUUAACACUGAUUUUAUUUGGUUUCAAGAAAUUACGACUGCUUAACUUUAACAAUCUUUGCACAAGAUUUGGAACGGGUUUGCGAGUAAAUUUGAGGUAAAUCAUUUCACACACAAGAGCAUGGACACAAAUACACAUGGCAGAAUGUCAUCAAAGACAAAGAGAGCUGGUCAGUGUUACACAUAAGCAGACCAUUACACAAAAAUUUUCCAGUCACGUCGUCAGCUCAUGGCCAGUCGAAAGGAUGGAAACAAUUUAUGGAAUAAUGUCCAUAUCACUGCCUAAAGAGCACAUUCUUUCUACUUGCUGAUAAAUAAGUUUCUUCACAAACAAAAAGUUGUCACUUUGCGAAUGACAUUGUUUAAUUUUACGACUUACGGUCUUUUAAGGCGUCGUAUCUUGGACGUUUCAAAUGGCAUCGACGAGCCGGGUGAGAUUCGUUUACCUUUGGCCACCACGUUACUUAUCGCGUGGAUUGCUGUUUUCUGUUGCAUCCAUAAAGGCAUCAAGAGCUCUGGGAAGGUAAACGAAGAAAAUACAGUGAAAAAAAUCAAUCUGAAUUUUACUUGUUAUUAAAAUUUGCAUUCUCUUUGUACUUUUUCAAAAAUCAUUUGGCAAAUAAGUAGCCAUCAAAAAAGAAUCGUGGCGCAUAUAAUCUCUUGAGUCUAGAUUGUCGUAUCGCUAAUAGGUGGCAGGGCACGAUAAGAGAAUUUUAAUAAUGCAGUAAUAUAAACACAAGCAUCUUCCCUCAUCUUGUGCUAUACGUCUUGCUUUUCUGGGAUAAGCUUAUCUCGGACCAUCAAUGAUGCAUAGAACAAGAUAUGGGAAAUCACUGUGCCAGGCGCAAUCGAUGGAAUCCUGUUUUCAUCAGUCACGAUAUUUUUUCUUUUGGUUAAUAUCUCGACCCCUCCUGUUCACAGGUGGCCUAUUUCACGGCCAUCUUCCCCUACAUUGUGUUGUGUAUCUUACUGGUGCGUGGUGUCACUCUGCCUGGUGCACUUGAUGGGAUCAUCUUCUACCUAAAACCAGACGUCGAAAAGCUCUUAGAGCCACAGGUGAGAAAGAAAAUACUGGGUUCUGGUAAGAAGAUGAUACACACAGAAGCAUUUGUCUAAUUUAACACGACGCCUCUCAGUUUUUAUCUUUAUCAACACUGUUCAGUUUCUUAAACUAGUUUUGUUGUUGUUUAUAGGUUUGGAUCGAUGCCGCUACCCAAAUAUUUUUCUCCCUCAGUGUGGGCCUUGGAGGCCUGGUCACCUAUGCCAGCUACAAUGAAUUCAAUAACAACUGUGAACGGUACAAUAUGCUUUACACACAGCGCUUUCUCUUUCCCACGUCACAAGUUACUUAAAAUGAGCGAACAAAUGAGUUAUUGCCUUUAAUUCGCUCAUCUAUAGAAACUUUAUAAACGUCAACCACCGUGCAAUGACAGAUGUCAACCUGAUUAACAAAAGACGAAAGACUACUGAUGAAAAGUCCAUCUCCGCCAAUUGAUUGACAUUCUCAUGUUUACCUGACGUAUUUGUGUCUGUUUCUAGGGACGCAGUUGUGGUAUCGUGCAUCAAUUGUGCAACCAGUGUAGGCGGAGGGUUUGUGAUCUUCAGUGUGAUUGGCUUCAUGGCCCACACCCUUAAUAGGGAAGUGGCACAAGUUGUAUCCUCUGGUAAGAUAACAAGUUAGGGCGUGGUCAGUCUCCACCAUGAUUAAGGUUAGGGAGUGGGGGUUCAUCGUUUUGACGGGUUCCUAACCUUAAUUCUGAGUUGAAAACAAAAGCAGUUUGUUUUAAUCAAAUUGUAGGACCUGGUCUUGGUUUUGUGGCUUAUCCUGAAGGGAUUGCUCAAAUGCCGGCUGCACCUGUUUGGGCUGUGAUGUUCUUCUUUAUGCUUUUCACGGUUGGACUCGGCAGUCAGGUAAGACAAAUUUCACCACUCUCAUUUAUAAGAACAUUCGUAAUUCUUAUUAUUCUACUCAAAUUCAAUCUUUGAUCUGACUGAGCUGGUGUCUGAGUGGCUUACUGACUCAGUGACUUUUUGACUCGGUGACUGAUUAACAAGUUAAAUGACUCACUGACUGAUUGACUGACUGACUGAAAUUGACCAAAUAAGUGACUCCAUAAAUGUAUGACUCUCUGACUCACUUAUGCUUUGACUGACUGUGGAAUUCAUUAAGAACUUAAUUCACUCUACAGUGUUAAAAUCAUAACUUAUUAACGUUUCCAAUAUUUAGUUUGUGUUUACAGAGACAACGAUUCGGGCGGUGAUGGACACCUUCGUCAAACUUCGUCCCUAUAAGGGACGAUGCCUCUUCUGCCUUUGCGUUAUUUCAUAUCUUAUUGGGCUCUCUUGUGUCACUAAGGUUAGUUAAUUAAUAAUGGUAAUAGGACCAAGUGGUGUCCAAUUCGGUCUGGAAUCAUAUGAGUGAUCACAAAAUCGGACGAACGCGAAGCGCGGGUCAGAUUUGUUAAUUAAUUAUGAGUAUGAUUCCAGAUAGAAUUGGACAUCACAAAGUCCUGUUACCAAUAAAUCAUAACCAUUACAAUUUCCGGAAAAAAAACUCAUUUAUUUGAGAAAAUAUCUUCAAUGAAGACAUUGUCUAAAGUAAGAAAUUUCUCGUUUUUGAAUUCCUCGAGGUUUGUAGGGUAGAUGGUUGUUGCUAUGGUUGUUGUAAUCAACUCAAUGAUUGGUGGAUUUAGCUGUGUGGACUUAAUAUGAUUGGCUCCUUCGACUGUCCGAUUACAGGUGUCCGAUAACAGCCAACUUUCCGAUUACUCCGUUCGAUUACAACUCUGCAGAAUAGUUAGUUAAAUAUAAAGUAGCUUUUGCACCAAUCGCAUUUGUGAAAAUUGUAAUGGUUAUGAUUAAAUGACAAAUGGGCCCUAUGGAUCUUGACAUUUUUAUUGAAAACAAAAAGUUAAAUAGUGCGUUUAUUUGAAGAUUCUCAGGAUUCGUUGCUGAUUUAAAAUGACCAAAACUGGAAAUUAUUUAGAAGAGAUCAUCUUUCAAGAGGUCGAAUAAUUUAAUUUCCUUUUUUUAUUUCCUAUCAGGGAGGAAUCUAUGUCCUAAACAUAUUUGACAGCCAAAGUGGAGGCAUUUCUUUGAUUUGUGUGGUUGUUCUAGAAGCUGUUGCUGUCAGUUGGGGAUAUGGUGAGUUCUCUCAUCAGAGCAGCAGUGCUUAAAAAAUUUUUACCUAGUUACUGACGAGAAGCUAAAGAUUUUCACAUUUUCUUUUUAAAGGAGUUGAUAAAUUCUCAGAUAAUAUCAAGGAUAUGAUUGGAAGGAAACCCAGCAAGUACUUUGUCAUCUGCUGGAAAUACGUCACACCUCUUGUUGCAACGGUAAGGCCAUGCAUUUGUGAUACAUAAGUUUUGCUCCGUUCAUACGUGCACAGAUCGAGUGCUUAGUUCAUAUCAUGAAAAUCUAAAAGAAAGCUUUCAGAUUGAGUGUUGUAAACCAAAGUUAUCACCUUGACCAAUCAGCAUAAAGCUGAAAAUCACCAGUAACCAAUCAGAAUUGAAAGUGAAGCUGCAUGACAAUUUCAAGCUUUCGGGAAAAUCCAAUGAUCAAUCACAACGUUAUCACCACAGCCAAUCAGGAGAAAGCUCAGCAUACUCCUUAGAUCGCUAAAUCACCCUUGCACAACCCCACCCCCUCCCCUCUCUGUAGACAUUUUAUGUUACUGAUCGUAUGUCGCAUUGCUUAACACAGUUGAUAUUUCUGGGAAGCAUCACCCAGUGGAAGAGGAUCACGUACAAUGGAUACAUGUACCCCGACUGGGCUCAAGCUGUGGCAUGGCUGCUGGCUUUAUCGUCUUUUCUGGCCAUACCCAUUUUUGCUCUCUAUACAAUUUUCCAUCCAAAAGGAUCCUUUAGAGAGGUAUGAAAGAUUUACUGUCGAAUUAAAUGGCAUUGCAGGAUUAGCACGUGACAUUUGAAGAAGUCUCGAUUCCAGAUCAAAAGGUCUUGGCUAAACCUUGACUGAAUCAUUGUCUAUUGCUGUCAUUGGGUGCUCUUUAUCUGAGGGUACUGGCUUGAGGACGGUCAGGAAACCUUGAUGACCCGCGAAGGGUAAAUGGCUGCAGCCUAAGAUUCCAAUAAGGGGGAAGGAAAAAUACUCCAAUGUAUUUCAUAAUGCAGAAAUAUAGGAUAUUACACGGCCACGGGUGGAAACAAAUUUUACCCUUUGAAAAAUCGUAACUACACCAGGACGAGGUCUUGUAGGUAUGUGACUAGGUUUAAUACGCAAACUUAAGUAAAAUUUUGGCGGAAUAUGAAAUUUAAAGACUUUAAUGCAAGGUUUCUCAAGGGAGCAUUUUCAUAUUUGCUUAUGACCAAAAAAAUGAUAUCCACUCUUGUGUUUUUAUAGCGAUUGAGGAAAGCAGUGAGUCCCAAUGUCACAGUUCUGAAUUCUGUGGCUGAACGCCAUAAACUGCCAAAUAGACCAAGGUAA